AUGAAAUUACGAUAUCAUAUUUUAUUUUUUAUACUUUUAACUGAAGACAUAUUCUGUUUUAAAAAUGAUGAUUCUAUUAAACAUACUUCAGAAAUUCCUAAUAUAAAAAAAUAUAAUUUUUACGAUACAUUCGUGGGAAAUUCCUAUGAGAAUAAUAAAAAUGAUAAUAAUUUAUCAACUAGCAUAUUAUAUUCAAUAUUCUGUUCACUUAAAAAAUUAUUUUACAAAGAAAACACGAUAGAAAAAGACAUAAAAGCUAUUAAUGAUAAUACGAAAAACACAAAAGAUGAGAUAAUUAAAGAUUCAUCAAAUAUAUCAAAAAAUACAGAUAAAUUAAAAGAAAAUAUAUUGAAAAACUCUAAUUAUUGGCUUGGUUUAUUUAAAAAAUCUAUGAAUGAAGAAUUACAUGAAAUAGAUAAACAAAGUAAUGAGCAACUAAACAAAUUGAAACAAAACCCAGAUAACAGUUUAUUUUUUUCAAAAAUAUUAAAUUUUGUUUCAAAUGAAAAAACAAAAAUAGAAGAAAACAAAAAUAUUAACACAGAAAAAAAUGAAGAAAAAAAAAGUUCAUGGUUCCUUUCAUCAAAUAGUAAAAACUUAGAACAAAAUGAAAGAGAAGAUUCUGGGUUGUUAAAAGAAAAAAAAAAUUUGUUUGGUAUUUUUCAAUAUGAUGAUCAAAAGAAAAAUACAUUUAAUAACACAACUAAUAAAAAUGAAAGUCAUUGGUGGUUCAAUAAAAAAAAUGAAGAAAGUGAACAAAAAAAGGAAAACAUAAAUAAUAAAGAAGAGAAAAGUGAUUUAAGUAAUAAUGAAGUAAGAAAAUCCAUUUUUGAUUUUUUUAGUAAUAAAAAUAAGAAUAUAGAAGAAAAAAAGGAUGUAAUAGAAGAUGAUAAAAAAGUAAACACACAGAAACGAGGAUUUAGUUUCUUUUCAAAAAAUUCAAAUGAAGAAAAAAAGGAAUCAGAUUUUCAAAUGGAUAUUGAAAAAGAACAUAGGGAAAUAUCAUUAUCAAAUAAAACAAAUGAUAAAGAAAAUAGUAAAGAAAAAAAUACAUACUGGUGGCAAAGAAAAGGAACAUCAUCAAAUGAAAAUUUAAAAAUUGAUGAAACAGGAAAAAGUAAUAUAAAUGAGCAAGAUAAAAACAUAGAAGAAAAAGUAAAAAAAAAUAAUUAUUUUAUUUUUAACUUAUGGAAUAAUGAUAAUAAAAGUAGUAAUAAUAUUGAAACAAAAAAGAAAACGGAUGAUAGUUAUGUUGAUAUUAUUUCAGAGGAAAAUGAUGAAGAAAAGAGAAAAAGAGAAAAAUCAUCUUUUAAUAAAUACAAGAUUUAUGAUGAUAAUAAUUCCAAUAUAGAUAAUGAUGAUAAUGAAUAUAAAAAAUUAAAUUCAGAUAAAAUAAAAGGAGAUGAUUCAGAGGCAAUUCAAUUAAAUUCUUUAAAGAAAUAUUAUGAUACAAAUGAAAAUAUUGAUGAUAUUAAUUAUUUAUCGUUUUUGAAUUCUGAGCAUAAAUAUGAAGAAAAUGUUGAUUGUCAUCCUUUAAUAGUUUUUAAAGUAUGUCUAAAUAAAUGCUUUAAGUCGUUGUCUAAUGAAAGUAAAGAAGUUUCUGAUAAAAGUGCUCUGUCAGUUAAUGAUUACAAAUAUCUAGAAAAAUGUAUUCUAAAAUGUAAAAAAUUAAGUUUUGAUUACGUUCAUGGUGGUUGUAUUCAAAAAGAUGGAACUGUAUUAAACAAAAAACAAAAUUACAAAGAUUACUUAGAAGAAAUAGACACAUAUAAUUUAAAAUUAGAAGAUUAUCCUUCAAAUUUCUCAGAUUUCACUAUUCAAGAAAAAUACAUAGAAAACAAAAACAGUUUUAAAAGACCAAAACAUGUUAAUAUGGAAAAUAAGUCAAAUGAUACGCAAAAAGAAAAAACUUUUAGCUUGCUUGAUAUCUCAAAAGAAGAAUUAAGUACUCAUAUUUUUGAUAAAGAUAAUAGUGAAAAAAUAAAAAAUUUUAUGAAAGAUAAAGAGCUCAAUACAAAUAAUAAUACUUCAGAAAAAUCUUUUAAUUUUUUUAAAUCAUUUAAAAAUGAAAAGGAAAAUGAAUCAAAUGAUGAAAAAUCUAAAGAGAAUAAUGAUAAUAAAUUAGAUUUAAAUAAUAAUGAUUCUAAUGAAAAUAUUCAACCAAAUGAUUAUAAUUAUUUAUCAACCAGUUUUUUUUUAAUUUUAUUAUUGGUAACAUUUUUUGUUUAUUUAUCUGCUUUUACAAAUAUAAUAAAUCAAUUUUAUGUAUCAUUUAAAGAAAAAGUAUGUUUAUUUAUUAAAAGGCAUUAUAAAACAACUUUCAAUAAUGGUUACAAUGAAUCAUCAGAAACCUUUCUACCGAAAAACCAAAAUAAUAAUUUCCAUAAUUCAUAUGAGAAUUUAUAUCAUUCCUUCCAAGAAAAACCUUAUGACAUUGCAUAA